AUGCAAAAGGUGGCGCGCAGCGAAUUGACGACGUCUUCCACGGCAAAUUCGUCUGUGACAUCGACGCCAGCCGGCAGCAGCAGCAGCAGGAAUACGACAAACCAAAAUUCCUCUCAGGCUGUGACACAGCCACCGCAGAUCGUCGCAACUAGGCCAUCGUCAUCAGGCCGCACCCACCGAACUGCUGGGCCCAAAAUAUGCCUGACAAGUGAAUGUCCUCCUGUGGCCAGCACCAGUGAAACUGCAACAGCUGAAACUGCAUCGACACUGUCCUCUAGGAUACCCUUAUUAGGCAUCGCAACCGCAACAACUGCUAUGCCCACAUCAUUGAUCAAUGCAACAGAUUUAUCUCCUAUGGCCAAUACCGCAGGUGAAACCACUGCAGCUGAAGCAGCGACCGGAUCUUCAACGAUCACCACAUAUUUGCAAGGGAUGUCGUCGUCCGCUCAAACUACUUCUACGGUAUCCACAACACCAGCAGUCGACAAGCCAUCCUGUAAUCCACUCGAUGUUGUCAUUUCGUUUGACGCAUCCACAUCGAGUGGAAAACAGAAUUUUGUCAGA